AUGCGAUUCUUAUCAGUGGGCCUCCUUGAAACGGUGGAGACCAUUUUCGGUCCUGUUCAACUUCCAUCUCACUAUAAGGCUGUCAAUGCAUGCCUGACGCUGUACCUAGAGUCCUACGAGGUUAAGGGUCAGGAAGAGGAGUGCGACGCUAGAUACUAUGACUACGACAGCUUCGUCUGCGUUUGCACGGAGGAGAGGUGUGACAGCCCGGGAGAGAUCCUUCUCCCACAGGAACCCGAAGUCCUUCUCUCCGUUCUCACAACCAAGGAUGAACUUCGGUUCCACGUCGACACCGCACCGUUCCGUGAGCGAAUUCCCCUAUUUUUAUCGUGUGAAGCCGAUCGCAUGUCCAACGACACACUGCCUUUCAUCAAGGAAGCGAAGGAACUCAGCGAGGGGCUCUUGGUGAUAGCGAGUCCAUGGUCGGCUCCUGCGUGGAUGAAGACCAACGGGAACAUCAACGGCUCUAAUGGGGGGGCCAGUCUCAAGCCGGAAUAUUAUGGCUUGUGGGCACAGUAUUACCUCAAUUAUGAGGGGACAAUGACUCCUCAGCUCCUCCCCAACUCCUCCCUUAGCUCAUUUCUAAAUGCAGGAUGUCCAAUGGAAUGUGCCGGGUUUAAAAAGGAUUACUACUUCUUCAAUUGGAUUGAAAGUACCUUUGGCUUUCUUGGGUCUUGCAGAUUCGUGCAGGCAUACGAAGCAGAAGGAGUGCAGGUGUGGAGCCUGACGUCACAGAACGAGCCCAUCUUCGGAGGCUUCCCGGAUUUCCCUUUCAACUGCAUGGGGUGGACGCCGGAGCAGCAACAAGAGUUUGUCAGGGAUCACCUUGGUCCCACCCUGAGGGAGGCGGGAUACGGGAAUAUCUCCCUUUUUAUCUUCGAUGACCAGCGAUAUUACAUAGAGGAAUUUGUUACUGCUGUAAGUGGUUCCGAUCGUAAGGACAAGACGACGUUCAACGAUGACGUGAUGUCAGACGCGACGAUGCAGGAGUGGGUUUCGGGCGUGGCGAUGCACUGGUACAUGAACUUCAUGCCGCCGGAUAUCCAAGACACUCUCCACGAGAUGUUUCCGGAUCUCAUGCUACUGGGGACGGAGGCUUGCAACGGCGCGGAACCUUGGGAGCACCAGGUCUAUCUCGGAAGUUGGGUGAACGGCGAGAAGUACGCCCUUGACAUCAUUCAGAACCUAAACCAUUGGAUGGUAGGAUGGAUAGAUUGGAACUUGGCACUGGACCUGCAAGGUGGACCGAACUGGGCAGGGUUUUACGUGGAUUCACCGAUAGUCGUCAAUGCCACCGCCGGGGAAUAUUACAAAAAUCCGUCUUAUUAUGCCAUGGGACAUUUUUCCAAGUUCAUUCCCAGGGAUUCCCUUCGAGUCGGGAUCGAAGUGGAGGACGGGACAGGCAGCCUCCUCCUCGAUGGCACUGCUGUGCUCACCCCGCAGGGACACAUAGCCGUCGUUCUUCUCAAUAGGAACGAGACGGAGCUGGCGAUCCGAUUGGAGGAGGGCGGGCUCGUUUUCGAGACCAGUCUGCCUCCGAAGUCCAUGGCCACUCUCGUCUGGGUGGCUUCCGAAUAGGGAGAAGGCCUUUUCACAGGGUUUAUCCGUUUGAGGGAGAUGAAGUUAUGAAUGAAAUCCAUUUUGCGAAUAAUUGCUGUUCUCUCUUUUGCUGUCCAUUCGAACGAUUCCUGGACCUUCAUUACUUCAGUUGGAGACGGCCAGCUUGGCUCAUUUUGGGAAAAAAAAAUGGGC